GGCACCUCGGCCCAGCUCCUGGCCUGCCCCCACGCCCCUCACCGCCUGCCACUGCGCCAGGCCCAGCCAGCUGGGGGCCCAAGGCUCCCAGCCGAUGACGAGCCCACCCAUCCCCAGCAGCCCCCUGAUGAGCUAUAAUUGCUUUGCUCCAUCCUGUUGCUGCCAUUCUCUUGGCGGAAGCAUCUGGGGUUCCAGGCGGGCGGCAGCUGCAGGCCUACUGCCUGGCUCGUCGGGAUGGACUGGCCGUACAACCUGCUGUUUCUUCUCACCAUCUGCAUCUUCCUGGGGCUAGGCCAGCCCAGGAACCCCAAAAGCAAGAGGAAGGGGCAAGGGCGGCCUGGGACCCUGGCCCUUGGGCCGCAUCAGGUGCCGCUGGACCUAGUAUCACGGGCGAAGCCAUAUGCGCGCAUGGAGGAAUACGAAAGGAACCUUGGGGAGAUGGUGGCCCAGCUGAGAAACAGCUCCGAGCCAGCAAGGAGGAAGUGUGAGGUCAACCUGCAGCUAUGGCUGUCUAACAAGAGGAGCCUGUCACCAUGGGGCUACAGCAUUAACCACGAUCCCAGCCGCAUCCCGGCCGACCUGCCGGAGGCGCGAUGCUUGUGUCUGGGCUGCGUGAACCCCUUCACCAUGCAGGAGGACCGCAGCAUGGUGAGCGUGCCGGUGUUCAGCCAGGUGCCUGUGCGCCGCCGCCUCUGCCCGCUGCCGCCGCGCACCGGGCCCUGUCGCCAGCGCGCGGUCAUGGAGACGAUCGCUGUAGGCUGCACCUGCAUCUUCUGACCGGCCCCGGCCUAGAGCCUGCGGGCAGCGGUGACCGCCCUCCCUGCACUCCCAUGCCACGCAAGGCCAACGAAAAGUAAACGCUGUCUUU